AGAACGGCAGCGCUGGCCCGCGCUGUCACGUGACCGGGACGUGGGAGCAGCGCACAGGAAGCAGGGUGGGCGCUUCCGGCGCGGGCCGGGCAGGGGGCGGCGGCGGCACCGAGCGUGGAGGCUGGGGUCUGCCCCGCUAUGCGAGAGUCUCCGCGGCCCGCAGUUCAACACUAAAUCUGUAAUGAAAUGGAGUCUGGGUCAAGCUCUUUUCGAGUGGAAUUUCCAGAUUUUUCUAGCACCAUUCUACAGAAGUUAAACCAGCAACGCCAGCAAGGACAGUUAUGUGACGUGUCCAUUGUAGUUCAGGGCCAUCUCUUCAGAGCCCAUAAAGCUGUUCUUGCAGCCAGUUCGCCUUACUUCUGCGAUCAGGUUCUCCUCAAGAACAGCCGGCGAAUUGUCCUGCCUGAUGUGAUGAACCCCAGAGUAUUUGAAAACAUCCUUCUGUCCACCUAUACAGGACGGCUGGUGAUGCCUGCUCCAGAAAUCGUUAGCUAUCUGACAGCAGCGAGUUUCCUCCAGAUGUGGCAUGUGGUGGAUAAAUGCACUGAAGUGCUGGAGGGGAACCCAACGGUUCUGUGCCAGAAGAUGAACCACGGCAGCGACCAUCAGUCCCCUAGCAGCAGCAGUUACAAUGGCCUUGUUGAAACCUUUGAACUGGGCUCCGGAGGGCAGACGGAAUUUCACAAAGCGCAGGAACUAAGGGAUGGUGAAAAUGAAGAAGAGGGCUCUAAAGACGAACUGUCGUGCCAGCUGACAGAACAUGAGUACCUUCCCAGUAAUUCUUCAACAGAACAUGAUAGACUUAGCACUGGAAUGACAAGUCAGGAUGGCGAGGAAGGGACUAGUGACAGUGCGGAGUACCAGUACACCAGACCUAUGUACAGUAAGCCCAGUAUCAUGUCUCACAAGCGAUGGAUCCAUGUGAAGCCAGAAAGAUUUGAGCAAGACUGCGAAGGCGUUGAUAAUCCUUACGAUGAGCAUCAAGUUUCUGAAUCUAUGAAUGCUAUCCAGGCAGAUCAUUCAAUCCAGUCUUCGGGUGUUGAAGACUUUCAUAUAGGCGACAAGAAGAUGGAAGCAGAAUUUGAUGAACAGGCAGAUGAAAGUAAUUAUGAUGAACAAGUUGACUUCUAUGGCUCUUCUAUGGAAGAAUUUUCUGGGGAAAGGGCAGAUGGAAAUUUAAGUGCUCACAGACAGGAUCUUAUGAUAGCAGCUGGCUAUGGUGAAGGCAUUGAAAUGGCUACAGGCAUUAAAGAAGAGACAUCCCUCACUGGAUUCUCACACGCUGAUAAGCUAUAUCCUUGUCAAUGUGGUAAAAGCUUUACACACAAAAGUCAGAGAGAUCGGCAUAUGAGUAUGCACCUCGGUCUUCGACCUUAUGGCUGUGGUGUCUGUGGUAAGAAAUUCAAAAUGAAACACCAUCUCGUAGGCCACAUGAAAAUCCACACAGGCAUAAAACCAUACGAGUGUAACAUCUGUGGGAAAAGAUUUAUGUGGCGGGACAGUUUUCAUCGUCAUGUGACCUCUUGUACCAAGUCAUAUCAAGCUUCUAAAGCUGAGCAGAGUACUACUGAGAUGAGCUAAGACAUUAGUGCUUACAUUUGUUUAGUAAAGUAAGCAAAAUAAACUAAUUAUGCAAAUAGUGUCUGGUACUUGCUAUUGUAAAUGCUCAAAAAACCACAAGUUUUAAUGAUUAUGCUGGUAUAGGCAGACCAAACUUUUAUUUUCCACAGUAUUACUCCGAGUGUUCAGUGUAUGAAGUGCAAAUGGUUACUCUGAAAGGUGCUUGCAAAAUGAGGUCUGUAAGGUCUUUGUGAAGUUGACUGUAAUUACAGCAAUAUUUAGAAGCCGUCUUGAGUUUGAGCCUUAUAAAUUCGCAGUAAAAUGCAGCUCUAAAUUGACCCAAAUCCUGCAAGUACUUACACGAAACAGGAAUUGAAGUAGCCCUGCUUAAUGAAAAAGAACUAAGGUGCCCAGUCCAGGUCUUAUUAUUCAUGUUUUAAUGAAAAAAAUUAGAAUUGCACCUCAGACUGGAGACCGCCAACUUACAGAACACGCAUCGUAACAGAGUCUGCACCAUCAAACAGCCUGUGCUGCGUUGUUUGAGGAACGGGUGUGUAAAAGAUGGUUUGGCUUUCCUUUAUCCGUCUUCCAUCUCUUACCCAUCUUCAGUAAAAUAAAUGUUUUCUGGUUUGUGCAAGUUCCUGUUUAGAGCCUGGAAAGCACACAUGUGUAGUUGAGCACUCUGCAAACUUCAGUCUGUAUCACAUGUUAUUUGUCUUUGUUCCCCUGGGAUUUAAUGCUGUGUGACUCUUGUCUUGACUUGAUUUUGAUUGCUUCGUUGUGAGAGCUUCUAGAAGUGCGUGACUAGUACGUCUUGUCAAAAAACAGAAAGAUGUUAUUUUUUUGAACUCAGCCAAAAUAAUCACACAUUUCAACUAUAGUUUUCUGUUCAGAUUGCUGUGGCUUACUACAGUAGCAAGUACCAAACUGCAGAUUCACUUACUGACCUUUUAUUGGUACAAAGUCUUCUUUGAGAACUUCUAUCUAGCUUUAGAAACCUACUUUAGGAGAAAACAAUUUAGUCAUCGAUAGGUAUUUAUACUUUUAAUUCUUUAGUCUUUGGAUAGUAAGAACUAUAAUACAGAUUGUUGGUACUGAACUACUGUGACGAGUUACGUGUGAUCACAAGCAGCCAGAGUUGUCGCCUCCUCAAGGGGAGCUGCUUGGGGAGGAAAAAGUAGAAAGUAUGGUAUUUGGAUCAGUUACCGGUACUGCAGAACAUGGUACCGUGCUCACGUCCACAGCCUCAAUUUUUUGUUGGGAAGGUGGCGCUUCUGCUUCAUUGGGCUGAGGACCUUUAUGCUGGGCUCUCAUUCCUGGAGGCAGAUGGAGGAGUGUUGGUUGUUUGGAGAGGUGCUGCCAGCUCUGCAGGUAGAGUGGAUGCAUCAUUUGUAAAGGUGGCAACAGAAAUUGCGGGUUGAAAGCUUCAUGCAGUCUUAUGCAAAAGCAAUCAGCCCUUCUUUAUAGUUUACUGAAACUUUAUAAAAAGGAAAGAGCCUUUGGAGCGUACAAAGAUUGGAACAGAAAGAGGUGAUGUCCAAGUACAGUGCUGCUGACUUGGGGAAAAAUGCUAACCAGCAUCUAAGGUGUAAGCUUGCCUGGCCCUGGUUUAUGUACUGGAGACUGCAAUGUGCAGGAUAACGGACUUAAAUGGAUGACCCUCUAUGGUGAAGCAAAACCACACAAAGAGAAUUGCUGUUAAGAUGCUGUUUUGAGGUCCCAGGUACAAAUUGUUGUAAGACACCACUAAACUGUAUCCUGACCAUGGAUGUCUGCUGUGAGCUCGGGCCUUACUGCCAGUGGGCUGUAGUUACUGUAACUUCUUUUCUGGCAUUCUACUUACCAACUUUGAUUUUUUUUUAAGAGGCUCUUAAUUCCUAAUCUUCUAAUGCUUCAGCUAUUUUUCGUAUGGAAUUUUGUUAAAACAGAUAUUCCCAAAUAUGAUGAACCCAUUGCUGGCAAUGGGCACAAAUGAUCAGCACCACGGAGUUCUUGUGCUUAGCGCUUCACCAAGCUCCACGGUAUUCCAUGGUGGCCAUAGAUAACCCUUGGAAUCAAGGUAACUAAACAGGGAUUUGCUCACUAGCACUGUAACCUGCUUAAUGUAUAGAAGCACUUUGUAUUUAAAAAAAAAAAAAAAAAAGCAAACCAUAAAACUUUAUAAGUAUGUUUUUUAAACUUAGAAAUUAUAUUCCCUCUAUGGUUUGUUUCCACACUGCUAACACUGUCUUCUUUUGUAAUACUGAAAAAAAAAUUAUAACACUUGCCUGUUUACACGAGUGUAGAGGAAAUGGUUCUUGCACUCAGUGACCCUAUUUUUCCAUUCUCCAAGGCCUUACUACACACAGGGUGUCAUUUCUGCAAGUACCGUCAUCAUGUUGAGGGGAGGUAUUCUCAUACUCACUGCAGGAAUGAUCUUGUAUAUUACAUUAGUGCUUAGUCCCCUUCAAACUGACGCUUCGGUGUUGUGUGAAAAGGUUAAGGGUGCCUCUUCCCAUUCCACCAUAAAAAGUCUGGUCAGAAACACCAGGCUGAGAACCACAGUUAAGCAAAAAAAUGAUUUCUGUUAAACCCAGACCACCCUACAGAGCCGCCAGCAAAGCUGUUUCUUUUGCCAGCUUCGAAUGACUUUUAUAUGGGACAUUUCUAAGUUAAACGUGACUCCUAUUUGCAGUUAGAUUACUUUGAAGUAAAGCUUUAAAAUAAAAUGUACUGUGACAGACACUUUAAGGGUUUUAUAACAGGUCCAGUAGAUCAUAUUGUAGAACCGUGUCCUUUUCUAAUGGUUUAGCAUGAAUAGUAACUUUUUAAUACUUGCUUAUUGCUGUUCUACCCCAUAUUGUGACGUCUUGAAAAUCCAACAAAUGUUGGAGCACUUGGCUUUCUGAUGUUACUGCACAUGAAACCAGUUAAUAUCAGGAAAAUAGUGGUAUGGUGAUCAUGAGAUCUAGUUGAAAGGAUCAGUGAUUUAAGGGAAACUUGAGUGUCUGAAAUCCUUACUUUGUUUUAUCACAGGCAAAACAGUUGACUUGUGGUGUUUUUCCUGAAAUUAAUUUAUUGUCCUUUGGCAAACUUCUGAUUCAGGUAUUAGUGGGAAAAGAUAACAAAAAAUUACUUAAACACCUGAGGAAACAUCUUUCCUCCCUCUUCCUCAGGCUCACAUAAGAUCUUUAACACCUCUACUCCCUGCCUCUGUAGUCUCCAUUUCCCUUGUUUUCACCGAGAGCUGCAGUCAGCCCAGUUCUGUCUCUGAGAUGACCCGUCACCCAGGAGGUUGGGCUCCGAUGCAUGCUGGCUUGCCUGACACUUUCCAUUUCUCCAUGGGCAUUCUCUGCUGCACUGAGCUGGUCAGUGCCACAGUUGAUAGUGUGCUGGGCCAUGGGUCCUUCAGGGAUGUGCUUCUUCCAGCUUGGGUCUCCUGCGGGCCUUGGGCACGUGAGAGGUUUGCCUGCACCGGCGUGGCUUAGCUGUAAGCCAGGCUUAGCAGGGAAUCUCCUCAGUCACAGGCAUGUCCUUGUGAGUGUAGCUUUGUACACACCCUCAGUGUCCUCCAUGUGUUUUCCCAAGAGCAAUGUUUCUCCACACGUUUCUUCCCCAGGAGUAUCUUCUCCUUAAGUGUCUCCCCACACCUCUUGCCAGCAGAUGCCAGUCUUUCUUAUAUAUAUUUAAGCAGAGGUGUUGCGCGCACCUCUGAAUGAAGUUCUGGCAUGCAGGGAGUGGUUGAUGUCAGUUUUGGCACAGACUGGAGCCUAUUUUGACUGGCACAGGACUGCUGGCAACUGCUUGCUAUGUGUCACCUUGCAGCCCCAUGCUCCACGCCCCUGUGGUCUGUGGCCAGUGCUGUCAUGCAUGGUGGACCUGGAUCUUGUGGGGCGGCAGCUGCCAGGCUCUUGGCUGUGCUGGUGGGGUGGACCUGUUCGAGAGACAUCAGUUCUUGUUUCUGGGGAGGAGGGGAGCAAUUUAUGUAUAUAUAUAGUAUGAGUGCACAUGUACACGAUUAAUUUUGUUAAUCUUUCCUUGAACUCUAUCACCUUUAAUGAUAUAGCUUAAACAUCUGUGCGUUCUGUGCUGCUCACUGUUGGCUGUGGUGAAGUGAAUGUCUGCUGAAACCCAGAACCGCUGUGCACACAGGAGGAGGCUUUUGGCAUUUCCUGCUGCCAUGCAGCUGCUCACUGUCCUGUCAGUAGUUGGAACACUCGGUGAUGCUACAGCAAAGUUCCUUUCCAUUCCAUUUUGUAACUAUGAUGAGAAUGGAAUCUGUGUUAUUUUCUUUCUGAAAAACCCAGUGGUAGCAGGGCUAAUAUCUCUUCAGAUGCAUAUCUGGCCCUUUCCAAGGAGAAGGCUCAUAUUUCACCUCCCACUCUUGGGGGGCUUUGCCAUUUGGUUUGUUUUUUUAAAGAUGACCUGUGGGUGAGCAGGCAGACUGCAGAGGGUACUGCCAGGGCUACGUUUGGUCUUGGCUUUUUUACAGCAGAGCUUUCUAGGGUUGAGAAACUUUGUCCUGUAUCAGAAGGAAGGUAGGUGACCAAAGGCUGAUAUAUUUGGGUUCUCACUAUAAAAAGCAUACUUGGUGUCCCUGUAUUAUUGAGCCUGAAAGAAUAGAGGCACCUCAGGUCAUGUAAUCGCAGCCCUUCUGCUUUGGGGCCAGGAAGGCAACCUGUCUCUGAAUCCCGAAGGCCUACAGAAGAGCAGUGGGUGUUUUGCUUUUAAGGGAAUCAGAACCUUUCUCUAAACAACACAGGAAAGUUGGGGGGGGGUUAUCAUUUAAAUGCUUCACUGGAUAGCUAGGCUUCUUCAGUGCCCGUGGGGAAGAUGCUGGGAAACAAAAUGGUAUAUUUUUAAUGUGAUUAAAUUGUAAGUUUUGAUUUUUGCUUGAAGCCUGUGUCUGUCGAUUGCUGCUCCUUUUUUUUUAUUAUUCACGAGAUUCCAUAUUUCUUCCAGAAAUGUAACUGUUUAUGCAAGUUGAGUGAAUCUUCCUUAAUGAGCUAUAAGUUUUUAUUCUAAACAAGUCAUUUAUAAUAGUAAAUUUGCAUAUCUUGAUAUUUUGUGAGAUGUUACGCCUGUAUUGCAGAGGUUGGAUAGUUUUGUCUAUAAAUAUUGCUGUCCUCAUUGUACAGCAUGGUUUUAAUUUAAUGUUACCGUUCAAUAUUUUCUUCUUAUAGAAGAGCCCCAUGCCCCUUUUUUGUAUAACAUGUUUUAAUAAAUGUUAUCUGUCAACUUUGUUAAUGUUUUCUUAAGCCUGAAUGAAAGAAAUGCAUGUCUAGUGCUAGUAUUUAAUAUUUCACUUUUGCCAAAAUAAGUGCUCAAACAAAAGUACCAAUCCAAAAGCUGUUGAUAUAUAAC